CAAAAUGGCGUUUUUUGUUGAAAGAAUAAACAAAGCCUGAGAAAUAAAGUGAAUCCAAAGUAUUCAACGAAAAUGUGAUAUUGUAAUGGAAAAGACAACUUAAAUCUGCAGAAAUUUCGUGGUACACAUAUUGAACGCCCUCAAUAUCAUUUCUCAUACUCCCCUUGAAUAAACAUCCAACAACAAUAGUGUUGCUAUGAUGCACAAGUAGAACUUGUCAAAUGCAGUUUUUGCAGCACAUAUAAUGAAAAUAACAACAACUGAACAAGUGACGAGGCAUAAAUUCGUGGCGAGAAAGGGAAACAAGCUAUUGGAAUUGUGAAAAGUGAAAAUCGAUUAAAUAUUAUUUUUGCACAAAUCAAUCCUUUUUAUCUAUAAUCAAAAAUUAUUGUGAUAAAUACAUAUAUUUGUGUAUAAUAAAUGUAUGCAACAACAAAUUGUAAAAUGAUCGCUGCAACAUAUGCCCAUUAUUGCCAUAAAUAUGUGGUUGCUAGGCGUACAAUGAAAGAGUUAGAACAUUAAAAGCUAUAUUAAAAACGACAAAUGCAUUUCGCUUCACUGGAGCGUAAAGUUGUAAACGAAUAUUUUUUCUGUUGUGCAUACUUCUUGACUUGCAACUAGCACGCGAUCAACGCAGCUUUAACCGCCACUCCCAAAGGUGUACAAAUGAGUUUUAAAAAUUCUGUGGAGGGCUUUUAUUAAAUUGGCGCAUUAAAAGUAUUUCGUACCCGACCAUGGAAUUGAAAGUUUGGGUUGAGGGUAUUCAACGGAUUGUAUGUGGAGUUACCGUGAACACAACGUGUCAGGAUGUGGUAUUUGCGCUGGCGCAUGCCACUGGGAAAGUAGGCCGCUUUACACUCAUUGAACGUUGGCGCAACAAUGAGCGCUUGCUGGCGCCAAACGAAAAUCCGCUUAAAUUAUUACUGGAAUGGGGUGAAUACGCCAAUGAUGUGCAAUUUAUACUGCAACGUUCGGAAAAUAAACAACAACCAACAACGCAACGUGUAGACAAUUCUGUAGCCAAUAACAACAAUAAUAAUAACAACAGUAACACUAAUAAUGCAGCUGUGAUGUUGAGAAAGCCUUUAGGCUUAAGCAAUAACAAUAGCAAUAGUCAAAAUAAUAUUAAUAACAACAACAAUACUACGAAUAGUAACUACAAUCCACACCAAGUCAAGUCAUCACAUUUGAACAAUCUGGAUACAAAUUUAAAUAUAUCACCACACCUUGAUAAAUCGCGUGAAUUGAAGAAAAAGAGUUUUGGGCACGAUGCAAAACAUAUUGAAAAUAUUGGUAUUGUCAAAGGUAUACCACAACGUCACAGUAACAAUAGUGACAAUAACGACAACAAUAGCAAUAAUAAUUUAAAUAAACAGCAACGAAUUGCGCCGGUACCAAAUUCUUCACCCAUAAACACAAAUUCGCCACACCUCGCGUCCAUCUCACGUUCACCCACUACAUUGACUGACAAUAAUAACUCGUCAGCCUUACCUCAGCUAAUCCCUCGCCACGAAAAAUCUCAUUCGAAUCCCACUGAAAUGCCCCGAAACCAUGCUCAUGCAUUUACCGAUGGUGCUGGAUUUUUUCAUGACUCACAGCAAAGAAACAAUGACGGCAACAACAAUAACAACAGCAACCAUAUAUAUCAGCAAAUCGGUGCUCAGAACAGCAAGUCAAUCAACGAAAUUAAUUUGGCUGUUGUGCGUGAGUCGCUGGAUCGCCGCAUAGCCACCAACAGUCCGGACGUGCUGUAUGCCACACCGCAUAGCAACAACUUCAAUAACAACAAUAGCAGCAAUAGUUGCAGCAGUAGUAGCAGUGAAAAUCUCCUUGACAUCUACAAUGGCAAUGUGAAUCGCAGUGGUGGGGUUGGCGGUGAUAUGCCACCGGAUUUGCUGUACAAAAAUGCGCCAACAAUUUCGGCAAAUGGCGCACUAGUGCCACCACCUUACCGCGAUCCGCCACCACCACGCAAUAGCCCGUUACAAUUGCAGCAGCAACAAUUCCAAACACAACAAUUUGUAGCGAGUGGCAUGAGCACUGCAGCUGUGAACACUUUUACGCAAGAUUACAACAAUGCAAGCGAUUAUGAUGUGGACUUUCAGCGCCUAGCUGGAAAUGGUAACGGUAGUAGUGGAGGUGGUGGUGGUAGUAGCGGCAGUUUGGGUAGUAUUGAGGAGAGCGAGAGCAUUUUCCAGGCGACACAGUAUAAUGAUUUAUUGCAGCUGAUUAAAUUUCAACGCGAAAAAAUAUCUGCGCAGCAACUGGAAUUGAGUAAAUAUGAUGCUGAAAUAGUUUAUUUGGAAAAUAAAGAGCGAGAUCAAGCCCAGGAGCUUGAAGCGAUUUCGCGUGAAAUCACCAAAGCCGAUCAGAUAUUUCGACAGGGCAGUGAGCAGUUACAAACACUACAGUAUGUGGAGGAAGAGAAUGAGCUGGUGAAGCAGCAGGAGAAAACAUUAAAAUCCGAGAUUGCUUUACUACGUUCAAAAUUGGCCAAUUGCGAAACUGAGUUGCUACAGUGCAAAAAUAAGAUACGCCUAUUGAUGAACGAUAUUGAGGUGGAGCAACGGAGCAAUGCCACCAAACAGAAAGCAAAUAGGCAAAAUGUUGAGCGCGAUUUUCUCAUGGAGAUGGAGCGCAUACAAAGCGAAAUCGAUCAGGCUAUACACAACACAGAUACGUCUAAUAAAACAGCGGAGAAUUUGAAAAAAGAAAUUCUAUUAAUUGAAAAUGCGAUCACAGAAAAGAAACGACAAGUGGAGCAAUUGGUGAAUGAGAUGAAAGAAGUGAAUCUGCAAAGUCUUACCGUUACAACAUCUGAUGAGAUUAAACAUUUUUUGGAAGGUUCCAAUAAACCCGGCAGCAGUCGUCGUAUAAUCGGCUCACCAAGGCAAUUGGAAAAUGCCGUGCCGACCAGCAAGAAUCCACAUGGUGUUUGGGUAUAACUUUUGCACAGAAUAUUAAUAUGAAAGAAUACAGUUACUAAUCUGCUUGGAAUAUGCGCUUGAAAAGCGUUUUACAUAUCGCAUACAAACCAGAUUGAUACAUUCAAAUAGUGUAUUAUGCAAAAAUGCAAAAGUUUAUUAUUAUAUCAAUCUCUUAAACUACUAAUAUCAGAAAUUUACACGAAUUGUUGAACGCUUGCAUAAACUAUAAAUACAUAUAAAACAUUUAUUAAUACUAAUGGUCACAAAAAUAAUAUAAAAAAAUAUUUCUGUAGCACACACAAGCACGAAAUUGACUGCAACGAACAAAUAUACAAAAUUCCACAUAUCCAACAAAUGACAUAAACACAAACACAUUUACACAUAACUAAUUAGUUGAAAUUAUAAUAUAAUAUAAUCAUAUAUGUACUUAAGCUUACAAAGUAGUAAUAUUUUGUUAUAAGACAAAUUUUGAUGUGCAACAAAUGCUCACACUCAAAGAUCUCUACUGAAACUUAAAAUGUUACAAAACUCUUA